CUUGUUUUUUUUUUUUUUUUUUUUUUUUCCCUCUUCUGCAGGAAAUCACAUGGAGGUGCUCUUGCGCUCACAUGACAGUCCGAGCCAUGGCUGCGGAGAUCAAUGAAGGCUCAGUUCCUGCCUAUUAUAGAGAGGUGUACGAGGCCGUCUGCUGCCAGAACGAUGAGAAGGUUCAGGUUGAAGUAUUUCAAAGGUUGCUUGAAAGCACCAAACUCUCCAAGGCGGUUCAAACCCAGAUCGCCGAGCACGUUGACGCGGCCGCCGACGGAUUCCUGAGCAAGCUGUCGCUCUACAAAGCGCUCGCUCUAAUCGCCGUCGCCCAGCAAGGCAAGCAGCCGAGUCCCAAAGUCCUGGAGAACUACAUACAAGAGCUUCCGAAGCCUCAGCUGGGGGAGCCGAAGGACUUGCGCACGCUGAGGAUGCAGCCAGCUCAGGAGGACGCGCUGACGCUGUCGCUGAACUUGGACCGGCUGCUGGACAGAGAUGCUGUCAAGGUGGAGCUCAUACCGGAGAAGAAAGGCCUGUUCCUCAAGCAUGUGGAGUACCAGGUCACCAGCCUGCGUUACAAAAUGUCAGUUUAUCGACGUUACAGUGACUUCGACGUCUUCCAUGAAAUCCUGCUUCAGCGAUUCGCCUACAGAGUUGUGCCUUCGCUUCCGCCCAAAAGAAUGUUAAAAGGAGUCCUGACCUCGGUUUCCGAGCGGGAGUUCAUCGAGGGGAGGAGGCGCGCGCUAGGCAGAUUCCUCAACCUGGUGGCGCAGCACCCUUUUUUCUCAGAGGAUGAGCUGGUCAAGACCUUCUUCACCUUCAGCGGUUCCGAUGUCCAGAUUAGGCUGCGUGAUGCUUACAAGAGAACGGGUGACGAGUUCAUGACCAACAGAAAUGCAUCUCUAGCAAAGGAAUAUCUCCCCGCCGACAUCCAGGUGCAGUUCUCUGUGAGCAGAGAGCUGAUCAAGAGCAUCCACAACACCGUUUACAAGCUGCGCGAGCGAGCCGAGAAGAUUGCCGAGCGUUCCAACGGGAAUGCAAGUGACCUCCUCAUGUUUGGCAGGGAGCUCAGCAAGUUGAGCUCGGCCACAUCAUCUAUUCCGUCGUUGGCCACGUCACAGAGCACAUGGGAGCGCCUGUGUCGGUCUCUCAAAAGCCUAUCGGUGGAGUUUGCCGUGCUCUCGGACAAAGCGGCUCAGCAGGGUAGACGGGAAGAGGAUGACGUUGUGGAAAGACUGAAUCUUUUCCUGGAUUUGCUGCAGUCUUACAGAGACCUGUGCGAGCGCCACGAGAAGGGCAUGCUCCACGAGCAUCACCGGGCGCUGCUCAAGUAUGGCGUGAUGAAGAGGCAGAUGAUGAGCGCCUCUGCUCAGCCCAAAGAGCAAGCCUCCGUGGAGCAGCUCCAAUCGCGGAUUGUUCAGCAAGAGAACACCAUCCAGAUCAUGGAGUUGCGCAACUACUUUUCGCUGUUCUGCCUCCACCAAGAGACGCAGCUCAUCUUUACCUACCUGCCCAUCACGUCCCACAUCCUGGGAGCCUUUGUCAACUCCCAGGUGCAAGGACACCGAGAGAUGGGUGAAGUGUGGAAUGAACUCCAGCCAAAGCUUGGCUGUCUCUUUGGUGAAAACAACAGCUUGAAACUCUAAUAAAUGGAAUUGAGACGCAAGAAGGAAACAAUCAAAAACUGGAAAAAAGAGCUUUCCUGCUGCACAGCGCGCAUCACGUUUAAUACAAGUGGUGUUUGCUACCCCUCACUUUUUGGAUUUAUUAGGUUUGGCCUUUUGACGUUUUGGCUGUUGACUAAUGCGUGAACGUCCAAAUCAACUUUUACUGCCAACUAGGAGGGAAAUUCUCCAGGCUGUAAGGGACCAGUUAGCACAGUGGACAUUCCAGCCCUUUAUGUUCCUAAGUUAUUGUGUCAGAAGUGGGGGUAGGGAUGUUGUAUUUUACUUAAUUUAAAUCCUGAGAAUACUGUUUAUUUUUACUCCCAGAGCUCAGAUUUUUGAUACAGAUACACCCAGAAGUACACAUGAAAAUGUGUACUUCAUAUUUUUCUGUCUUCUGUUUUAAGCAAUUGUUUAUUGUUGGCAUGGCUCCCACGUGCCGUUAGUCCAUAAGCUAAUUUCAAAGAGCCUAAACUCAUACCUGCACAAUACUGACAACACUAGCUGAGCUAUUGAAUGGCACCACACGAAACACUCCAGAUGUGCAAUAUGUAUCGUAGGAAUCAGACAAACCAGGCAACUCCAGUUUUGAAGCUGUUUUGGAACACUGUUAUUGUUAAACAAAUUUUACACCUGGGAAAAAAAAAAAAAAAAAGGACCACUUGUUUACCGUUACACAGCUUACCAACAGUGCACAAACCUAUAUUUGCAGGAACUGUAUAAAAAAUUAAAGUUGACUGAUAAAUCUGC